CCUACCUACGCGUUCGGCUUUCUCUCCCCUCUCACCAGUCAUCAUCACCGCCAUUUUUCCUCCUCCAACUACCUUUGGCAACGCAGUACAGUUGAGACUCAAUUAUCCCUCCACUUUCUUUUCUCUGUCUUUUCUCUUACCAAGUUACUUCCCGGGUACAUUUGCCGCGGGGAAUCGGCAGAUCUUGUCGACCCGUUUUUCAAAUGCAAAUCAACUGACCGCCGGGACAAGGAAAAAGGGUAGCCGGCGGCAGGGAAAUUCUGUAACGAUUAUGGAGAACGGAACCGCCGCGGAGAACGGGACGGUGGAUAACGCAGUCUGCUCGUCGGAAUCGGCAGACGGAAGCCGGGAUGUCUGGAGCUGCAACGAAUCCGAUUCUUCUUCUGCUGAUCAUCUCGUUGUUAUGGUCCACGGUAUACUCGGCAGGUUAGACGAUUCGAGUUCUUAUCUGGGUUUUUGGUGAUCUCGUAUUUUUUUUCUGCCCAUCCAUAGUUAUGUUCAAACCAGUGUGCUUGAUUAUGCUCUUGGAGGAUCAAGUCGGUUAAUUCUGUUUGCUAUUCCGAUCAACAAGAGUGUACGAAUACUCCAUCUUAAAUGUUUGUACUGGUGAGGUUUUGAAAUUUGGCUGAUUCUGUCUCGUCAUUGUGGCUUUUUCAGCUCCAAUGACUGGAAGUAUGGGGCUGAGCGGUUCGUUAGGAAUCUGUCGGAUAAAGUGUUUGUUCACUGUAGUGAAAAGAACAUGUAUAGGCUGACUCUCGAUGGGGUGGAUGUGAUGGGCGAACGGUUGGCUCAGGAGGUCCUUGAAGUGAUUCAAAGGAAACCGAAUUUACGGAAGAUUUCGUUUGUUGCACAUUCAGUAGGAGGGCUAGUUGCAAGGUAUGCUAUUGGGAGAUUGUAUAGGGCCCCUAGAGAAGAAGAUGCAGGGGGUCCAGAUGCUAAUCAGAAUAAAGAAGAGUUGAGGGCCACGAUAGGUGGCCUGGAGGCUGUCAAUUUCAUUACUGUUGCUACCCCUCACCUUGGUUCUAGGGGCAAUAAGCAGGUACCAUUUCUUUUUGGCUUAAAUGCCUUGGAGAAGGUGGCAGGUCUUGUCAUACAUUGGAUAUUUAGGAGAACAGGUCAACAUCUUUUUCUUGUAGACAAUGAUGAGGAGAAACCUCCAUUACUUAAGCAGAUGAUAGAAGAUUGUGGUGAUCUUAAUUUCAUGUCUGCAUUGCGGACAUUCAAACGUCGGGUGGUAUAUUCAAAUGUCGGCUAUGACCACAUUGUGGGGUGGAGAACAUCUUCAAUUAGGAGGAAUAGCGAACUGCCAAAGUGGGAGGAUUGUUUAAAUGAGAAAUACCCACAUGUGGUUUAUGAAGAACAUUGCAAGGCCUGUGGUGAAACUGAUCUGGCUGAACCCUUUUCAACAGAAGAUGAUAAAUUUGACAAGAUAGAAGAGGAGUUAGUGGCGGGUUUGUCACGAGUGUCAUGGGAAAAAAUAGACGUUAGUUUCCACACGAGCAAACUGAGAAUAGCUGCUCAUAGUGUUAUCCAUGUGAAAGAUGAGAGUUUGCACAUAGAAGGAGCAGACGUGGUCCAGCACAUGAUAGACCAUUUUGUACUGUAAGCGGAUCCGCUAACUUUACUGUGAGACAGGGAACAGAAGGUGCUGUGAGUUGUGACCUUCCAUCCCAUAUGCGCCAUUGUAUAUUUUUAUCUGGAAAAAAGUUCGACGCGAGUGCUUGCAGGUCGUCGUUCUGCCGGCUGAAGCUCGAGCGAUGCUGAGAAGUAAUGGGAAUUUUUGUAUGUUUGUUUACGAACUGAUGUAUUAUAAUUGUUAUAUAUGUGCACAAUAAUGAUAUGAAAUAAGUUGUUACCAAUGUCCUGAGAUUUAUCUCCUAUCUUCAUCUCGUACCAUAUGAACUUGAACUCAUGAACUAAAUAAACCUUCUCCUAUAAUACAUUCCAAAGAUCUAGAUUUUGCUACAACCACAGGCAUUGUUGCAUCUCUACAAUUGCUAGCUUUUGGCAUAUCACUCAGGCCGGUGGCUUCUAUUAAUUGUUUAGAACGAAAA